CAUGAAACUGGGUGUUUUUGUGAAGGUAGCUCUCUUCGGCCUUGCUGCCGCGGUGGAGGAACCAGAGGGCCAUGAGUACCAUCAGGACCCGGCUGAUAGUCGAUCACCCUGCCCCGGCCUCAACGCCCUGGCAAACCAUGGCUUUCUACCCCGCUCGGGGCUGAACAUCGACAUUGCGGCGAUCCGGUACGCUGUGAACGCAGGGUUCAACUAUGAGCCCAAGUCCCUCGACCUGGCUUUCAAUGCGGCAAUCGACUUUAAACUAUCCACCACAGGCAACAGCUCGACCAUACACCUCGCCGACUUAGCCAAGCACGACACCAUCGAGAUGGACGGUUCCCUGUCGCGCAACGACUUCCUCCUCGGGGACGCCCUGACCUUCGACCCCGCCAUCUGGCACACCGUCGCCGUGAACCUGGGCCUCUACAACACCGGGCCGUCCGAGGCCGACAAAUAUGUCACCGUGGAGACGGCCGCGAGGGCCCGCGCCGCACGCGUGAAGGACGCCAUGGCGGCCAACCCCGGCUUCAACGCCUCCGUGGCCCAGAUGAUGGGAAGCCCGGGAACCACGGCCCUGUAUCUGACGACCCUGUGGGAUGACGAGGUUGAUGCCGCGCCCAAGGCAUGGAUCAAGCCUUUCUUCGAGGAGGAGCGCAUCCCGUUCCUCGAGGGUUAUGAUCCCGCAAAUCGCAAGCAAAAGUCGUUCGAUGACGUUACCGUCAUGUUUAACAGGGUCACGGCUGUCAACACUGAGCCUACCAAAUGUAAGCGCAAGUUUAGAUCGUGA